AUGGUUCUAAAUAAGAGUAGCAAGCCGGCUACGAUCAUGUCUGAACUGGAGCGACGAAAAUGUGAUAUUGUUGUACUGACGGAGACGCGACAAUGGCUUGUCGAGCCUCGCGCAACUCAAUGGGAUAACUGGACGAUAAUGGAAUAUCCGACUUCCACUAAGUUCGAAGGAGUGGCGGUAGCACUCAGAAACGGUUGGACUGUUAAGAAGGAGAAUGUGUUGAGCUCUAGAGUGGUCAUGGCGAACUGUGUUAAUAAUAAAACUGCUAGGGGAAUAAACCUGAUCGCAGUGUAUGGAUGCACACAGUCGACCGACGCUGACAAGCAAAUCGAGUUCUGGGGCGAACUAAGAAAUGCGAUAGAAAUGGCACCUAAGAAAAUCCCUCUAGUCGUUGCAGGGGACUUCAACAACGAGUUGAAGAAAGGUACAGAGCUAAGUCAGCUGCUGGAAGACUGUGCGCUGAAUGCACAUGCGAGGCAGUUUGCGAACAAAAAGAAGCACACGUGGUGGCACCCGAGGACAAAAAAGGGAAGAACCAUUGAUCACAUCUUGUGGCGGAAAUGGGAGAACAAACGAGUCAGAAAUGCGCAUACGGCACCACUCAGAAGGAAGAUAUCAGACCAUGCCCUCGUGGUAGUCAACUUCGACAUAAAGCACAGAAGAGAAAUGAAAAAAGUGAGGACGUUCGUGGGGCGACCGCAGUGGACAAAAUAUAGUGAAUAUAUGAGCGCAACCACGGCGCUUGACUGGGACGACUACGCGAAAAGCUGCAGGGAGGCCAUGGUGAAGGCCACGGAAUCCCUAACAAAAACAGAAGAUCUGACGGAGGUCACCUAUAACAGGUGGCUGACGACGAUCAAUGAGAAGCUGGCAGCAGUCAACAGUGGUCACGGACUCACUUGCGAAAAAUUUCAGACUCUGAACGAAAUAGAUGCCCCCCCCCGCAGAAGGGAGCUACUUGUCAUUGUUGACCCUAGGGGAAACAGGCUGAUGGGCCGUAAUGCGAAAGUUGAAAUCUCUCUCCAUAUCCAGCGCCAGCUCAACACAACCAACUUCUGGGAGUUCGAUCAAAAAAUGUCCCCGUACCCUCCUCCACCUGAACGGACACAAUGCCCCAUAACGAGGUUAGAAGUGCGGCAAGCAAUCAUGAGGCUGAAAAAUAACAAAGCGGUUGGCUCUGACGGAAUCCCAGCAGAAGCCCUGAAGACUGAUCUCGAUCAAGCUUCUAAGUUGCUGGAAUAUGAAUACGGCAGACUAUGGGAAGGAUUCCCGUUGCCUCACGACUGGUUGCACACCGAAAUACUGCCAAUAUACAAAGGAAAAGGAUCAAAGAGUGACCCGGCGAAUUAUCGACCGAUUGCGUUGUUGAACACGGCAGUAAAAAUACUGGGAAGCAUUGUGGCCGACAGAGUGAAUGCAGCAACGGCGAACAGAAUCUCGGACAGCCAAAGUGGCUUCCGAAGAGGCCGAUCCACCAUACACAAUGUUAUGUACAUUCAGACCUACUUGAGAGAGAGCUACAAUCGACGAAAGGAAACCGUAGUGAUCCUCAUAGACCUAAAGGCAGCGUUUGACUCGGUACCCAGGCAGCUGGUAUGGAAAGCGUUGGAAUACUAUAAUGUUGGCGAUAAGUUGAUCGGAGUGAUCAGGAGCAUGCAUCAAAAUACGACGGCAGCAGUGAAGGGCACCGAACGAACUUUUGGAUACUCUGGGGGAGUUAAGCAAGGAUGCUCCCUAGCGCCAACAUUGUUCAAAGUAUUCAUGUCAUAUAUCAUGACUGCGUGGCAACCGGCUGAAAAUCUGAAAGUCAAACACUUAGAAUAUGCCGAUGAUAUAGCAUUGGUAGUGGGGCGACAUGUUGCACAGACUGUGUAUGAUGCGAUCACCUCGCAUCUUGAAAGAAAUGGGCUAAAAGUGAACCACUUGAAAACCGUACUAAUCUCCAACCAGUGCGAGGACGUACUUGAGACCGACAAAGGAGUGAUCCCGAGUCAACGGGAAGGAAAGUACCUGGGCUUCAUGCUACAAGCCAAUGGUGGCACAGAGACGGAAGUGGCAGCGAGGAAGAUGGCAGCUCGACUCAAACUUACAAAAAUGAGCAGAAUAUGGACCAGCGCACUGAGACCUGAACUCAAAAUAAUGACGAUGGCAGUCUACGUGCUGCCGGUGUUGUUAUACGGGUGCGAAGCCUGGAUCCUAACGAAGACGGCGGCCAUUAACUCCUCAACCAGGGUACUCGUCAGGCGCAGCCUCAAUUGGUAUUGGGCGGAGAAACGUACAAGUCGGGAACUCGUUGCAGCAACCCCGAAAGCCCUACGGUCGCUAUUGUGUAUCGAUACGGUCAUCCUACAACGGCAAAUCAAAUUUGCGCACAACGUGGCCCGUGCACAGGGAGGAAGCGAACUCUUCAGAUGGAUUUUGAACCCGAGGCUGCCAGGUAAGAAAAAAGUGGGAGCAUACCGGACUUGGUGGGAUGCGCUAGUGCGCGCGUUGAGUAAAUCGGAUAUCAAGUUCAAUCCCAGUGAGGGAAUCGAGCAACUCGCAACCAUUGAAAGCAGGCUAAAACAACUUAGAGAUGCCGAAAUUGACCAGUUGAAAGAGGGUGCCCCCGAACAUAUAAGACGGCAAAAGGCCUGA